AUGGGGCGGCGCGCCCCCCUCGCCGCGGCGGUCGCGCUCCUCUCCGUCAUCUGCGCGACGUCCGCCCAGGAGACGCCGCUCGUGGGCGCGCCGUACGAGGGCCUCUCCGGCGUCGUCGGCGACGUCGAGAUCGUCACCGGAGACAACGCGACGUACGUGUUCAACGGGACCCACCGAUGCGUGGACUGCGCGAACUACACGCUCCCGAGCUCGUGUUCGAACUGCACGGCCGCGGAGUUCCCCGCGUUCAACGACACGCACUACUGUUUCACGUGCGGUAACCGCGAGCACAUCGAGACGUGCGACGGGCCGUGCGCGCGGUACGUCUUCAACGGAACGCACUCGUGCAUCGCGUGCUCAAACUACACGGACGCGAGCACGUGCGGGGACUGCCAGGAGAUACACACGCUGCAGACGGGCGAGGUGGGCGCGUCGCCGUACGACGCCCCGCCCGGGGAGUACCUGUGCCAGCCGGACAUCUUGGAGAAGUCGGACACGUGCGUCGCGGUGGCGUGGAACGACUCGUACGUCGCGCGGCCGCAUCCGGUGAUCGCGUCUCGCGCGCUCGCGCGCGACGGCAGACGACGCGUCGUCGACGAGGGCGGACACCCGAUCACGCUUCCGAUGAAGUGGUUCAACGGCGAUCGAUUAGCGCCGUUGGGGCCGGACGAGCCGGACCUCGAAGGGAGCGACAGGGAUUACGUCCUCGCGUUCGAGAUGUUCGCGCAGAUGCGAAACUGGGCGUUUUUCGACGCCGGGAUGAUCACGAACGAGAUCUGGGAUAAGCUCCACGCGCCGCUGGAGGACUGCGGGCUCGAGACCGAGGCGGCCCUGAACGCGUCGUUCUCGUGGGCCACCGGGCGGCAGCUCGGGCGCGUCGGGAUUUUGAACAUGCUGCGGAGUCCGUGGUGGCACGGCGGCGACAUCGCGGAUCAGACGCGGCACUACAUCGACGCCGCGCAGGCGGAUUUUCUGUGCGUCGUCGCGCCCGAGCUCGCGACGGACGCGAAGUACGAGACGUGGUUGUACAGGAACCAGUGCGCGGAUAUUCGCGCGGCUCUGAACCUCGCGCCCGGGUACUCGCCGCCGUGCUGGUACGGCGCGUACCGGCGGUUCUACGACGACGGCGGACGCGACUACCCCGCGGAUUACGACUUUACCAUUCAGCAGCCGUGGAGCCAGGGCGGGCACUGGGACGAGCACGCGAAGCGGCGAGGUCUGGGGUACACCCCCGUGGGACACAAGACGCCGCCAGAGGUGACGAACGCGAACGCGGCGACGGAGACUCGACCGCUGGGGGAUCACACGCCGACCGGCGACAGAGGAACGACGCAGAGGAACGACGCGACGACGCCGACGCCGACGCCGACGCCGCCGCCGCCGUCCGUCGCGGGCGUCCCCGUGACCGACGCGCUCUCGACGCGGUACCCCUCGAUGCCGGCGCGGAGCGCGUACGCGCUGUGGCGCGACGCCACGAGCGCGGACGGCGCGCCGGCGCACGCGAACGACGACGAGCGCAUGGAGUACCUGAAGCGCGCGUGCGACGACGUGAAGUACGCGGCUGAGACGUACGCGCUCGGCGGGUCGUGCGUCGUGACGGCGAGUUGGACGGUGGAGGGGUUCGUGGAGGGGGCCGCGCGCGGGGUGUUUUUGAUCGCGGAGUGGAUGCGUCGGGCGUUUCACAGCGUCGAGUUGGGGGACGGGCCGGUGUUUUUGGACCCGGGGGACGUGCCGUCGUCGACGUUCGCGUGGUCGCCGGACGCCGCGUGA